AUAGAAUUUUCUGAUUUAUAUAUACUAUAUUUAAGAACACCUUCACCCAUUUCUCUGUUAAUAAAAUAGCACAUGACAUACAACGUUUGUUUACAUACACAGCAAUGUCGGGCUCAGGAUCAAGUUCCGGGCCAGAAUUCAGGAGGAAAUGGGACCGAGAUGAGUAUGAAUCUAUUGCACAGCAACGUAUACGUGCUGAGCGGGAUGCUGCUCAAGCUCAAAAACAGAAGAUUGCUCCCGUUAAGCGUGAGUUGUUAAAACAGCGCGAGUACAAAGUGGACAUUGACUCAAAGCUUGGCAAGAGUCAGGUCAUCACUAAAACUACCCCAGCAUCUCAAUCAGGAGGGUAUUAUUGCAAUGUGUGCGAUUGUGUUGUGAAGGAUUCUAUUAACUUCCUAGACCACAUCAAUGGCAAAAAACAUCAAAGAAAUCUUGGAAUGUCCAUGAGAGUUGAACGAUCCUCUCUGGACCAAGUGAAAAAACGAUUUGAUAUGAAUAAGAAAAAGCUAGAAGAAAAGAAGAAAGACUAUGAUGUAGAACAGAGAAUGCAGGAAUUAAAGGAAGAGGUAAAGAUUUUACAAUUAUUAGUUAGAUUUUAUAAUUUAAGUUAAUAAUGUACUGUAAAU